AUGAUUUCCAGAACCGUCAGAUCCACCGGCAGAGUCAUUGCCCGGAGAACCAACUCCACUGCCGCGUCCACUGGGUUGACCAAGGCUCAGUUGGAAACCAACGUCAACGCCAAGCAGGCUCCUAAUCGUGCUGACAUUUGGUCCGCUCUGCAAGAAGCGAGAAUCGAUGUCAUUUCGAAGCACCCCGUUCGGUUUGUUCAAAGAGAUCUUGCGGAGCAACCCCAACCCUACGCUGCUAUUGAUCUCAUUGCUCAGCAGCCUAUCCGUUACUUGGGCCAUGGUGAAAACAUCGCCGUGUGCGACGGUAACCGGGGCUCCACUCUCCAAGGCCACCCCAAGGUGUUCAUCAACUUGGACCAGCCCAAGGCUGCUACCUGCGGUUACUGUGGAUUGAGAUACGCUAAGGAAGAAUUCAAGGAGUUGAUUGAAGGUAAGAACCAAUAG